GUCAAGUUGACUGCAGCAUUGAAUGAAGUAAAUUGUCAAUUUAGCUUGUAAAUUUAAAUAAUAGUGAGAAUAAGAUUAACAGUUUAUUGUUUUGGUGGAGGUAUAGAAAGGGAGUUUCAAUUAAUUUGAUUAAAAUGGCACCGAAGUUGAAGUUUGCGGAGGGAGAAAAGGUGUUAUGUUUUCACGGUCCUCUUAUUUACGAGGCGAAAUGUCUCAAAAGUUCCGUAACGAAAGACAAACACGUUCGAUAUUUAAUUCAUUAUGCUGGCUGGAAUAAAAAUUGGGAUGAAUGGGUACCAGAGAGUCGAGUUCUGAAAUACAAUGAAGCAAAUGUUCAGAGACAGAAGGAAGUGCAGAGAGCUCACUCGGUACAGCCUGUUAAAACCAAAAAAUCCACUGCUAAAGGUCGUAAAUCAGAGACAGCGGCUGGAACUCCAGCGAGAGAAGAAUCCAGAGCUUCGACACCUGCUGGGAAAGAUGCGGAGAGUACUCCAAUACCAGCCAAGGCUACAAAAACCCAGAGCAAAGAUACAACUGUUGACUCCGGCUCUGAUCAACCUAAGAAAAAACGUGGACGUCUAGAUCUAUCUAUCGAGUCUGAAGAACAAUAUUUAGCAAAAGUUGAAGUUAAGAUCAAAAUACCUGAAGAAUUAAAAGUAUGGCUCGUUGACGACUGGGAUGUGAUCACUAGACAGCAAAAACUAGCGAUUCUACCAGCAAAAUUAACUGUCUCACAGAUCCUAGAUAACUAUCUCGCGUUUAAAAAAUCAAGUAAGUCACAUAAUACAGCUAAACAUUCAGUAUUAGUAGAAAUAACUGAAGGUAUAAAAGAAUAUUUUAAUGCAACGCUCGGUUCACAAUUGUUAUAUAAAUUUGAACGACCUCAAUACAGUGAAAUAUUACAAGAAUAUCCGGACACACAAAUGUCACAGAUAUACGGUUCGAUACAUUUGUUGAGGUUGUUUGUUAAAAUGGGACCAAUGUUGGCAUACACGGCCACCGAUGAGAAAUCUUUGCAGUUAGUUUUAAGUCAUAUACAUGAAUUAUUAAAAUACAUGGUAACUAAUAGGUCGACUCUAUUCAAUUUGCAAGACUAUGGUAAUGCGACUCCGGAAUACCAUAGAAAGGUUCAGUGACUAUUUGGGAAGUUAUUUAAUUUGGAGUAAUGCUUGGUUUUUUUGGUUUUGUUAACGAUUACGCAAAUUACAGACAAGUUUUGCAGUUUUAAAUGUUUCUGUGUCUAGGGAAAAUUGAUUUUACAGUCAGUUACACUGUACAGUUAAAAUUCAGUUAAAACUGGCAGAAAUGAAUGUCUAUAGCACUAAAAUGUAUUCAGCCUUACAAAAAAAAGAAUUUAUUUUUAACUUUAUACCGCAUUUAAUUAGGCUGAUGAAGUACUAUACUUAACAUAAUUAUGUAUAUUUGUAUGGUUUAAAUUGAAUAGAUUUUGCGAUUAAAUUAACAAAUAAUGUAAAUAACAAUUUGGAUGUUAUUCAAAAAGCACGUGGUAAUUUGUUGUACCAAUUUCAAUUGUUUAUCAGCUGAAUACUGAAACGAAUUUAGACUGAGGAAACCUCACUAAAUAAAAUAAAU